AUGCCCAAUGGAUCUCUAGAGAAGUUCAUCCAUGGCACUACUCCGUCGUUGAAAGGACAGAAUCUCAGCUGGGAGAAGCUGUACAGCAUUGCACUUGGAAUAGCUCGAGGGCUAGAGUACCUGCAUUGUGGCUGCACCGCACAAAUCCUACAUUUUGACAUAAAGCCGCAUAAUAUUCUUCUUGACCAAGAUUUUAGCCCCAAGAUAUCAGACUUUGGGCUUGCAAAGAUCUACGGAAUGAUGACUCUGGAAAUGGUUGGAGGAAGAAAGAAUGUGGAUGCUAGAGCAGCUCACAGUAGUGAGAUAUAUUUUCCUAGAUGGGCUUACAAGCAUAUCCAUGAUAAUGAGGAUACUACUAGUACUGCAGAUAAUAUAACAGAAGAAGAUAAUAUAACAGAAGACGAAAACCAUGUUGCCAGGAGGAUGAUGAUCGUGGGACUGUGGUGCAUUCAGGCCAAUCCGUCACAAAGGCCAUCAAUAAGCAAGGUGAUUGAAAUGUUUGAAGUGGAUUUAGCAACUUUGGAAAUACCAGCUAAGCCUUACUUGUGUUCUGCUCCCACUUCACCGCGGCAUUCUCAGCAGAAGGCUCUUUCCGGAUCUUCUUCACUAAGUGAAUCCACUGAAACUAGUUCGAAUUAA